CAAAUCGAAAGAAGAAAACACAUUUGACUUAGUCAAGUUUACACAUGUGUCCUUCAAUCACCUUACUCGGGAGAAAGCAACAUCGAGGCGUGCCUAGCGAUUAUUGUCUUUACCUGCCUUGGAUGAAAAACGAAUGUCCUUUCUAUUGAAGGAGGCUAGCCGUUCACUCUGAAUGUGCAGGAUGAAAAGAUGGCACAGCUGCUUGUACCGCCAGGACCAGACAGCUUCCUCCUGUUUUGUCGUGAGUCCCUUGAUGCCAUCGAGAGGCGGAUCGCUGAGGAGAACGCCAAGAAACCCAAGGGGAAGCCCAAUGACGAUGACGACAACGGACCCAAGCCCAGCAGUGACCUGGAGGCAGGCAAAUCACUGCCACUCAUAUACGGGGACAUUCCCAAAGGAUUGGUGUCCACACCACUGGAGGACCUGGACACCUUCUACAGCAACCAGAAAACCUUUAUAGUAUUGAACCGAGGGAAGGCCAUCUUCCGCUUCAACGCCACUCCUGCCUUGUAUGUCUUAAGCCCCUUCAACCCUCUUAGAAGAAUAUCAAUUAAGGUUUUGGUUCACUCAUUGUUCAGCAUGGUAAUCAUGUUCACUAUCCUUACCAACUGUGCGUUUAUGACCCUGAGUCAGCCCCCAGACUGGGCAAAGAAUAUAGAGUACACAUUCACUGGAAUUUAUACAUUUGAAUCUCUUAUAAAAAUAUUGGCAAGGGGCUUCUGUGUCGGGAAGUUCACCUUUCUACGAGAUCCAUGGAACUGGUUGGAUUUCUGUGUCAUUGUCAUGGCGUAUGUAACAGAGUUUGUAAAACUAGGCAAUGUUUCAGCUCUUCGCACUUUCAGAGUACUGAGAGCUUUGAAAACUAUUUCAGUUAUCCCAGGCCUGAAGACCAUUGUGGGAGCGCUGAUCCAGUCAGUGAAGAAACUGUCAGACGUGAUGAUCCUCACUGUAUUCUGCCUAAGUGUCUUUGCCCUAGUAGGGCUGCAGCUGUUCAUGGGCAAUUUAAGAAACAAAUGUUUAAGGAUCCGUCCUAACUCAACCAACCUCUUGAAUGAUACAUUGGACUUUAAUGGGAAGGAGUAUAAUGAUGCGGACUUUAACGAGACCGUCCCGUUCAACUGGACCAAUUACACUAAUAAUCCUGAUAAUUAUUACUACCUCCCAGGUAAAAGGGAUGCUUUGCUUUGUGGAAAUGGCAGUGGUGCUGGGCUGUGUCCAGAGGGAUUCUGGUGCGUCAAAGCGGGCCGGAACCCAGACUACGGCUACACCAGCUUUGACACGUUCAGCUGGGCCUUCCUGUCUCUGUUCAGACUGAUGACUCAGGACUACUGGGAGAACCUCUACCAGCAGACCCUGCGGGCUGCUGGGAAGCCGUAUAUGAUCUUCUUUGUGCUGGUCAUCUUCCUGGGCUCCUUCUACCUGAUCAACCUGAUCCUGGCUGUGGUUGCCAUGGCGUACGACGAGCAGAACCAGGCCACCAUGGAGGAGGCUCAGAAGAAGGAGGAGGAGUUCCAAGCCAUGCUGGAGCAGCUGAGGAGACAGCAGGAGGAUGCACAGGCGGCGGCAACGGUGAUGGCGGCGGAGAGUGGGGAGUUCAGUGAGAGAGGGGACCUCACUGAGACCUCCUCAGAAGCCUCCAAACUCAGCUCCAAGAGCGCCAAAGAGAGGCGCAACAGGCGCAAGAAGAGGAAGCAGAGGGAGCAGGAGGAGAGAGAGGACAAUGACAAGUGUCACAGGUCUGAGUCCGAAAGCAGUAUGAAAAAGAGUCACUUCCGCUUCUCCAUGGAUGCCUCUAACCUGCACAACUAUGACAUGAGCUGUUCAACACCAUAUCAGUCCUUCCUGAGUAUCCGCGGACCCCUGUUCUCGUCCAGACGGAACAGCCGGGCUAGCCUCUACAGCUUCCGGGACCGUGCGCGGGACAUAGGCUCGGAGAACGACUUUGCCGACGACGAGAACAGCACUUUCGAGGACAACGACAGUCGCCGGGGCUCUCUGUUUGUCCCUCGGCGGAGCGACCGGCGCUCCAGUAACGUGAGCCAGAACAGCAUGCCAUCACACGUCCUGCUGCCAGCAAAUGGGAAGAUGCACAGCUCUGUCGACUGCAACGGGGUGGUGUCCCUAGUGGGCGGGGCUUCACUCCCCAAGUCACCUGAGGGACUCCUUCUGCCAGAGGAAAACCCGACGGAGACAGAGUAUAGAACGACCCGAUAUGGAUCGUACCAGGCCUCUAUGGACUUCCUGGAAGACCCCGUUGCCAGACAGAGGGCGCUCAGUGUAGCUAGUGUUAUAACCAACACUAUGGAAGAACUUGAAGAAUCGAGACAGAAGUGCCCUCCUUGCUGGUACAAGUUUGCCAACACCUUCCUCAUCUGGGACUGUUGUCCGAAGUGGCUGAGGAUCAAGAAAAUAGUCAAUAUGAUCGUGAUGGACCCGUUUGUAGACCUAGCUAUCACCAUAUGUAUUGUUAUGAACACAGUGUUCAUGGCUAUGGAGCAUUACCCAAUGUCUGGGGAGUUCAACACCAUGCUUUAUGUGGGAAACCUGGUGUUCACAGGUAUCUUCACAGCUGAGAUGUGUUUCAAGAUUAUUGCUUUGGAUCCAUACAUUUAUUUUCAGGAAGGCUGGAAUAUAUUUGAUGGUAUCAUUGUCAGUUUGAGCUUGAUGGAGCUUGGCUUGGCCAACGUGUCUGGAAUGUCUGUCCUCAGAUCAUUCCGAUUGCUGAGAGUAUUCAAACUGGCCAAGUCUUGGCCCACACUGAACAUGCUGAUCAAGAUCAUUGGUAACUCAGUGGGGGCUCUGGGUAAUCUCACCCUCGUACUGGCCAUCAUUGUCUUCAUCUUCGCCGUGGUGGGCAUGCAGCUUUUUGGGAAGAGCUACAGAGACUGUGUGUGUAAGAUCUCAACAGACUGCACACUGCCCCGGUGGCACAUGCAUGACUUCUUCCACUCCUUCCUGAUUGUGUUCCGGGUGCUGUGUGGGGAGUGGAUCGAGACCAUGUGGGAUUGUAUGGAGGUGGCUAGUCAGAGCAUGUGUCUCAUCGUCUUCCUGAUGGUCAUGGUCAUCGGGAACCUAGUGGUCCUGAAUCUGUUCCUGGCCUUGCUGCUGAGCUCGUUCAGUGCUGAUAACCUGGCGGCCACGGAUGAUGACAGCGAGAUGAACAAUCUGACGGUGGCCAUAGGCCGCAUCCACCAGGGCAUCACCUUCGUCAAGGCCUUGGUGCGCCGCUCUUUCCAAAGCAUCUGUCUGAGGAAGAAGAAGAGGAGCCUGAACGAGGACAAGACCCUGGAUGACCUCCACAAAACCAUGGGGACCAACUGGAACUCCAACCACACCACUGUGGAGAUCAUGAAAGACCCUGAUUACAUAAAGGGUGGCAAUGGCGCCACCAGUGGGUUGGGAGUGGGGGUGGGCAGUAAUGCAGCAGGGAAGUACAUAAUGAAUGACAACACUGACUAUAUGCCGUUCAUCCACAACGCCAGCCUGACCGUCACGGUGCCCAUCGCUGUGGGAGAGUCGGACCUCAACACUGAGGACUUCAGCAGCGAUUCCUCGGACAUAGAAGAAAGCAAAGAGCAGCUAUCUGAAGACCAUCCGCUGAGCUCCUCAGAGGGCAGUACAGUGGACAUUAGGCCCCCAGGAGAGGGAGAGGGCUCGGUGGACAUGGAGCCUGAGGAGUCCAUGGAACCUGAAGGCUGCUUCACUGAUGGAUGUGUCCGCAGAUUCCAAUGCUGCCAAGUGAACGUUGAUGAGGCCAAGUGGAAGAUGUGGUGGACGUUGAGAAAAACUUGUUUUAGGAUAGUGGAGCACAACUGGUUUGAGAGCUUUAUCAUCUUCAUGAUCCUGCUCAGCAGUGGAGCGCUGGCAUUUGAGGACAUCUACAUCGAGAAGAGGAAGACUAUUAAGACUGUGUUGGAGUUUGCAGACAAAGUCUUCACCUACAUCUUCAUCCUGGAGAUGUUGCUGAAGUGGGUGGCCUAUGGAUUCGCCAAAUACUUCACCAACGCUUGGUGCUGGCUGGACUUCCUCAUUGUCGACGUGUCUCUUGUCAGCCUUGUGGCCAACGCCCUGGGCUACGCUGAGCUGAGUGCCAUCAAGUCCCUGAGGACUCUACGAGCACUGAGGCCCCUGAGAGCGCUGUCCCGCUUCGAGGGCAUGAGGGUGGUGGUCAACGCUCUGCUCGGAGCCAUCCCCUCCAUCUUCAAUGUGCUGCUGGUCUGCCUCAUCUUCUGGCUCAUCUUCAGUAUCAUGGGCGUCAACCUGUUUGCAGGGAAAUACUACCAUUGUGUCAACAUCACCACACAGGAGCGCUUUAAAGUCAGAGACAUAGCUAACAAGACAGAAUGUUUGGCUUUGGAAGGUGCCUACUGGAAGAAUGUGAAGAUCAACUUUGAUAAUGUGGGAGCAGGAUAUCUGGCACUGUUACAAGUGGCUACAUUCAAAGGCUGGAUGGACAUCAUGUAUGCAGCUGUGGACUCUCGCAAUUUGGAAGAUCAACCCGACUAUGAAGUUAAUCUGUACAUGUAUAUGUACUUUGUGGUAUUCAUCAUAUUUGGAUCCUUCUUUACACUCAACCUCUUCAUUGGUGUCAUUAUAGACAACUUCAAUCAGCAAAAGAAAAAGUUUGGAGGUCAAGACAUCUUCAUGACAGAGGAACAGAAGAAAUACUACAAUGCUAUGAAGAAGCUUGGCUCAAAGAAACCCCAAAAGCCUAUCCCUAGGCCAGCGAACAAGUUUCAAGGAUAUGUCUUUGAUUUCAUUACAAAGCAAGCCUUCGACAUUGUCAUCAUGAUUCUUAUAUGCCUUAAUAUGGUCACCAUGAUGGUGGAGACAGACGACCAGACGGACGACAUGGAUGAAAUUCUCUACAAGAUCAACCUGGUGUUUAUUGUCAUGUUUACCGGAGAGUGUGUUCUGAAGAUGUUCUCACUCCGCCAAUACUACUUCACCAUUGGGUGGAAUGUAUUUGACUUUAUUGUUGUUAUCCUGUCGAUAAUUGGUAUGUUUCUGUCUGAACUGAUAGAGAAGUACUUUGUUUCACCAACCUUAUUCCGAGUCAUUCGACUGGCCCGGAUUGGUCGCAUCCUUCGCCUCAUCAAGAGUGCCAAGGGAAUCCGUACACUCUUGUUUGCUUUGAUGAUGUCACUUCCUGCCUUGUUCAAUAUUGGUCUCCUCCUCUUCUUAGUGAUGUUUAUCUAUGCCAUCUUUGGCAUGUCGAACUUUGCAUACGUCAGGAAGGAGUCUGGGAUUGACGACAUGUUCAACUUUGAGACAUUUGGCAACAGCAUGAUUUGCCUGUUCCAGAUCACCACGUCAGCUGGUUGGGACGGCCUGCUGGCACCCAUCCUAAACAAGAGAGAGCCAGACUGUGACAGCCGUAAAGAGCACCCAGGCAGCAAGUACAAGGGGGGAGACUGUGGGAACCCCCUUGUAGCCAUUAUCUUCUUUGUGAGCUACAUCAUAAUCUGUUUCCUCAUUGUGGUCAACAUGUACAUUGCUGUCAUCCUGGAGAACUUCAGUGUGGCCACUGAGGAGAGCGCUGAGCCCCUGAGCGAGGAUGACUUUGAGAUGUUCUACGAGGUCUGGGAGAAGUUUGAUGCACGGGCCACCCAGUUCAUGGAGUAUGAGAAGCUGUCUGACUUCGCUGAUGCCUUGGACCCCCCGCUACGCAUUUCUAAGCCCAACAAAAUCCAGUUGAUCUACAUGGAUUUGCCCAUGGUAAGUGGGGAGCGCAUCCACUGCCUGGACAUCCUGUUUGCCUUCACCAAGCGCGUCCUGGGUGAGGGCGAAGGUUUGGACAUCCUCCGGGGUCAAAUGGAGGAGCGCUUUAUGGCCUCCAACCCCUCCAAGGUGUCCUACGAACCCAUCACCACCACGCUACGCCGCAAACAAGAAGACAUGUCUGCCCUGGUAAUUCAGAGAGUUUUCAGACGAUAUCUGCUCAGACGUAUUGUUAAACGGGCCUCUGCCAUGUACAAAGAGAAGAUGCUCCUUGAUAAAGAGGUUCUCGUCAUAGACAAAUUUAACGAGAUCUCUACUUCAGACAGAACUGACAUGACAUCCUCCACAGCCUCUCCCCCGUCAUAUGACAGUGUAACAAAACCAGAGAAAAACAAAUAUGAAAAAGACAAGAGAGAGAAGGAGGUGAAGAAGAAAAAGAAGUGAAUGGAUGUUGGGAAGAUGCAACGUAGACGUUUCAUUUCGUGACAAAUUGUUUACAGCCUUUGAAGGUGACUAAUGUGUCAAGUGGACCUUCUUCUUUGGUGUGGAUAUCUAUGCCAAACUGACAAUGCUUACUUGAGUCUAAAUGCAAGGUUGGUGUCUAAAAUGAGGUAGUGACUCACAUUCUUAGGCUGUAGGGUGACCCAUUGUUCAGAUAAAUAUUUCCGUGGGGACAAAAACAAAUAGCUGCCCGCCGACAGGUAGAAGAAUUUGUUAUGGGUGUUGUUCCGAUCGGAAACAUUUAGUUAUGUUGUGCCCUGUAACUUCUCUUGCAGCCGGUACUACCAAGGCUGCAUCCAGUGUCUUGCAUUAUAACUGCCAUAUGAUUUACUGACUUAUUUUUCAUACAGAAUCUUGUUUUUAAAUCAUAGGUUGAUUGUGUGACUAUAUUUUUUGUAAACUGUUUUUUUUCUGCAAAAAGAGGGGUUUCAUUUAUUGCUUUAAAGGUAGUCUUGUUCACUUUAAAUGUUCAUACGACUUGACUACUCAUGGCGACCAUUAUUGCUGCAGUGCAGUUUGGGGGAUUGCUGCAGUUCAAUCUAAAUGUAGACCUGCAUGAAGGCACUGAAAUGUUUUUCAUACUCAUGAAUCGGCAACAUUAUUACAUGUUUACUGACACUAUUACAAAUCAACAAGAAAACAUUUCUCCAGAGCAUACAGUCCAAAAAACAUUACCACCAAUUAUUAUCUGCCAUCAGUUUCAGAACAAUAACAUGGGCUAUAAUGCCUAACGCCAUCUAGUAACACAUACUUAGUUUUCCUACUUUCAUUCAUCAGAAUCUACAGUACAAUACAGAAUACAUGAAUCUUUACAGCUGGUUCACAGAGUUGAUACCCAUAGUAUUCAUUAUCCAUCUCUUCUGUCCAGCUUGUACCUCAAUGGCCUCAAAGACAUGUCUAUACUGUCUUGAGUUCUCUUCACGUGGUGAAUGCUAAAACGAGCCAAUGUCCUCUGCACAGUAUAGUUGUGUCAGUCAGGUGUAAGUCACCUCAUUUAGUCGCCAAGCCUCUGACAAGAGAAACACUGUAUUCUGUAUCAUAUGUGCUCAUCAUAUGAAAAAAACUUAAGAGGUAUUCUAGCAUCAUGACUCUGCGUUUUUGCCACUGCUACAUCAUUGGUCAGUGCUAGAAAACGUCCUUGUCUUUUGCCAAAUCCAAGUUCAUUUGUGUGCACCUUCCCUUCCUCACUUCCCUAAUAGUUUUCCAUUGUUAUUGAUGUAUCUGUAUGUACAUAUUCUAUAAUAUAUGAAAUAUACAAAUAUAUUUGAUAUGUUAGGUGAUAGUUUUCAUGUAUAAUGGAAUAUAUGAAGUUGUUAGUGUUAUUUAGUACAUAUAAAUGUAUAUAUUAUAUUCUGCAUUCUCUGCUCUAUAUGGCAGACAGACCAGAGUAUGAUGCAUCCUGCUGAGGCUGUGAGGACAUUGUGUUUAGAUUUCACUUAAUGUCUAUAUAAAUACUGUAAUAUAAUAAUUUUUCUUUGUACUAUAUAACCCCUUUGUAAAUAAUUUGCUACACAAUAUGGCUUCACUGUCUGCACCAUAGCCACUUUAGUUAUUUCAGCUUCACUGCACUUUUUCAUUCUGAAACUCCCCAUGUGAUCUAGUGAAAGGGAAGUGACUUCUCGUUUUGAUUCUUGCCAUUUUUAUUGUGUGUCGUCAUUUGUAAACUGUGGUCACAGCUUACCUCACAUGCUUUAUCAUAAUAAAUAUCUAAGGUGGAACAUCAGGUUCAGAGAAUUCUGAAUGUGAUUGUCUCAAGGCUAGUGUGACUGCACAAGUCUUCGAUUGUUUCCGGCAUUUGUUUACAUUUGUAUAGUUAUUAAAUUCUUCAGGAUGUUACUUUUGCCAGCUGUUCACUCUGUAUAAUAUGUCACAAGUAUCUGUAAUUAAAAUGUUAUAAAGUA